AUGGCAAUUUAUAAGCAAGACUUUGUAUUGAACUCGAGAGGAAUGAAACUGGUAACAACGAGAUGGGUUCCAAAGGAGAAAGCAGCAAAAGCCCUAGUAUUUAUAUGCCAUGGCUACGCCAUGGAAUGCAGCAUCACCAUGAGCAGCACAGCGAGGAGGCUGGCAAAGGCAGGUUAUGAAGUUUAUGUAAUUGAUUAUGAAGGACAUGGGAAAUCAGAUGGACUUCCAGCUUUGGUCACUGACUUUGAUUCACUCGUUGAUGACUGCUCCCAGUAUUACUCCUCCGUUUCUGUUAUCCUCUCUAUUCAUAUAAGCAUAGAUUUGGGAGAAGGAAGAGCUGUGGCUCUUUUGCUUCACAGAAAGAAACCUCACUAUUGGGAUGGAGCUAUUUUGGUUGCACCUAUGUGUAAGAUUGCAGAGGAAAUGAAACCAAAUAUAGCAGCAAUCAAAGUAUUGACAUUACUAAGCAAAGUUAUUCCAACUUGGAAAAUAAUCCCAACACAAGACAUAAUUGAUGUUGCUUUUAAAGUCCCUCAAGUCAGACAUCAGGUGAGAGCAAACCCAUAUUGCUACAAAGGGAGACCACGCUUGAAGACUGGCUACGAACUUCUAAGGGUCAAUUCCGAAAUUGAGAGCACGCUUCAUGAGGUAUCCUUGCCGUUUUUGGUACUGCAUGGAGAAGAUGACAAAGUAACAGACCCAUUAGUGAGUAGUGAAUUGUACGAAGUCGCGUCAAGCACAGACAAGACCCUCAAGUUAUACCCUGAAAUUUGGCAUGGACUCUUGUAUGGUGAGCGGCGUGAGCCUCCUGGGAAUCUCAACCUUGUCUUCUCAGAUAUCAUCUCAUGGCUUGACGACAGAUCUUCGUUUUCAAACUCCAGACUAGACAACGAGCUCAAACACUUCAAUGAACCUCUUGUUAAAUGAA